UCUGCGCGAAGGACGUGCCGCCAUCCAACAUAGUGUCCAAAAUAAACGCCGUGCGUUCGGAAAUAGUGGCAUUUAUUGUGUGUAAUUAUUUUGACGUGUUAUUAACAAAAGUUUAUACGAUAAAACAUUGUGUUUUGUGGACGAUGGACGGUUAAAAGCGUUGUUCAGCGCACGGAUACUGUAAAGGUGGCGGUAGUCGCAUCAAUGGCCUGACACAAUGUUCAGAACGGCGUCAGUCGAGGGCUCUGGGCCGAGGACGCCGCCCGCUUACGCGCCCCAUCCCCCCUACGUACCACCCCGCUUCUUCCCCCCACGGAUACGUCCGCCGCCCCCUCAAUAUUGCUUUGAUGCAGCUCGCUUCGCGUGCGACGCUUCGAAGCCUAGAUACUUAGACGUUGAACGGGAAAGACUAGUGACGAGAUGGUUGGCGGAAGCAAACGAAGCGUUGGUCAGGCGAGAUCGACCGCCGAGGUACAAGCCUCGGAGCAGCGAAAGAAGGCCAGACUUCAUGCCAAGCGACCACCAGAGAAGGCCAAACGCUCCAGAAUGGGCAGACAACUUUUUAUUAGGGCGUAGGAAUGGUUCCGUCGAACCCGAGGACGAUAGUGAUGUGAUGACGUUGAAAGAAUUCGUAGAUAAAUUCUCCUUACCUCGAGUUGUCAAGUUUGAGGGGGAGGAUAGGCCAGUGCUUUUGUAUCGGGUGUUGGAAGCGCAUAGGAGAGUGGAGGCGGUACCUCUCUCGGGGAAGAAGGGCAAGCUGGUGGGAAAACCGCUGUAUAUACCGGAUUCUUAUGAUGGAUGGUUCUCAGCGUGCGGGUGCCGGGGCGGAGCGCUGGCGUCCCCCCGGGGCUCCAUCGCCGCUCUGCUUCGGGCGCGAGCUUUUGCUCUCGUGUCGCCGCGCGCCAUCUCUGCAUAUCGGGCGAGGCCGGCUUCCGAGAGCGGAAGGGUGGGGGCACAGUACGAGCGGGCGGCGGCGAGACCCGGUACGCCGCUGCGGCUUGCCGGUGUCUUCGCAGACGGCAGCAAGGCCAAGGCGCCGAAAUACGCACAGCUGAUCGAUCCGCAGGGGAAUGAGCUCUUCGUGCCUAUCAACACAAAAGGGGAGAUGUUCGAGGUAUGCCCGGAGGAGCUGUCGCCAGCGGAGUGGGAGGGAGCCGAGCCGACGUCGAGCCCGCCACCCGAGGCCGGGGUGCGGGCGCACCGGCUACCACAUCUGUUGAGUCUCUGGCGGCUGCCCACCAGGGUGCGGCUGUUAGCAGGCACCGUGCCGAUCGAGAUGGCACAUGAUGUUGGAGAUGAUCUUCUGCUGCGGGCAGCAGUGACAGAACCAGUUUUAGUUAUGUGCACCCUCCCGGAGUACGGUUCGAUGCCGUCUAGUCCAAGCAAGCAGGACCCACGCUACCACGCGAAGGAUUCCCUUCGACUUCUUCCUCUCAACAGUAGCAUAAAAGUUCGUAGAACCCAACUCGGUUUCGAGAACGAGAAGCGAAUGUUCCUAUCCGCCCGUCUACAGAAGGCACUAACAUUUUGUCAACUCAAUGUUGAUAAUUGGAUCAGGCAGAUCUCCUACGCAAACUCCACAGUCGUCAGCAAAGGGAAAACUGCUGAGGAACUCAUAAGGGAAGACCAUGAGCCAGUAAAAUUCGAGAAAGAACGUAAAUUUACAUUACAGGGACUUAAAAUAGAUACGUCAAGACUUUUUGGCAAAAGUGAGAAAGUACUCAAAGAUAUACCGGACGAAACGGAAGGAUCUAUUAUAUUUUUAAGUAAAAACGAACUCGAACACAUGAAUUACGACGUUUACAGCGAUGAUGAAGGUAAAGAUGAUAAACCUGAAGAGAAAAUUGAACAAGAACAAUUUUCUAGUGAUAAAAUGCAUGUUUUCAGAGAAGAUGCGGCACAGAAAAAGAAUAAAUGGUUUAAAAACCUAAAACUUUUAAAGAGUACAGAGAAAUUAACUGAUGAGAAAAUAACAGCUAUUGAGAAGAAUGAAAAGUUAACUGAUGUAAAAGAUCCGUUUGAUCCUCUAGGCGAAAAACAUAGUUCCAUAGAACGAUACCAAGAUAUGGCGAAACUCAUUGAAGAUAGGUUUGGUGCUUCUAGAAAGAACGAUGGAACAGCUGAAAAGAGUUACUCCUAUAAGAGCCUAACAACUUCUUCAUCUGAUAUGGGAACUAGUCAAUGCAGUUCCAGUCAUAAGAAACCGAUAUUGACGAAAUCGGUGUCAGUGCAAACAGGAAUGCCUGAUAGUUCUUACAACACAGAAGACAGUGGCAUCAAUAUGAAGCACGGACGUAAAAAUCUUAGUGUGGAUCAAAUAAAUUAUUGCGGUUCUAUGGAAAGUGAUACCAGUUCUGGUCGUAAAUUAAAGUCUUUGGAUGAAAACAUGCUCAAAAAGACAUCUGCUACAAAAUCCUCAACAAACCUCGAAAGGCGACAGAGAAUACAGCCUGACUUAAUUCCUGAGAAAGCUAUGGCUAAGUCAGAAUCCUAUAAUCAAAUACAAAGUUGUGAAGACAUUAACAUGUUUGGAGUCGGAUCUCUAUACAAUGAUAGUGAUUUCGAGAUCAACUAUAAACAACAUUCGUUUAUUACAGAGAAAUUAUGCUCAGAAUUUCACGUUAAAACGAAGAGAGUAUUGAGUAAAUCUACAUCAAAUUUACUGCACCCAAAAAAAUCUACUGAGAAAAAAGAAGGUAGUAACAGCAACAGCAUGCCGACAAAAACUGAACGUUCAAACGAUGCAGAUAAACUUGGUAAUUUUAGGAAAAAGAUUGAUAAACCAAGAGCUCCUACGCCCAAAUCUGAAAUAGAUGAAGAUAUAUCGACUGUAGAUAUUUCAGAAGAGGAACCACAAACCCAAGUAAAGAUUCGUCGAUCAAUUUCCUCAAUACAGAAACGUAAGCUUCCUGUCAUAGAAGACUUGCCUUAUGGUCAGGUAGCUGAUGCUGUUCAAAUUGAAGAAGAAAAGGUGGAAUCGGAUACCAAUUCUGAUAACAUUUAUGCUGAAAUAUGUACACCAAAUGGUAAUAAACCAAGUGAUGAAGAAAAUUACGAUAUUAAUGUGGAUGUAUUAGCGAAUGACCCUGUGAUUUGUAAUGUGAAAAAAGAAGUAAUUAUAAGAAACGAUGAACGGGCGAGACAGAUGAUUGAGAACCAAGAGAAUCCUUUUAGACAUAUAGAAGUAGUUGUAAUAGAGAAGACUACAGACUUCGAUUUAGAUAAUUCAAGCUUGGCAUCCAGUGAACUUGACGACAUGGGAAGUAAAAACGACGUGUCUAUAAAAGUAGAUUCCUGGGAACGCGACAAAGUUAACCACACGGAUCAGAAAAUUCAUGCAAUAAGAUUAGAAAUAACUAGCAAUAUGGAUGAUUAUCCGAAUGAAACUGAAAGUCAAAGUUUAGAAAGGACUGAAGUCCGACUAAGUAAAGAUAAUUGUUUAAGCUUUAGUAACAGCAUCCAUUUGAAUGGUACAUAUCCCAACGAGGCCAUCUACGAUACUUUAAAAUAGUUAGUUGAUAAAUUCACUGUACACUUUAGUCACAAAUUUG